AUGUUUUUAAAUAAAAUUAUUAAAAAAUCAUUCAUUAAAAAUCAUUUUAAUAAUAAACUAUAUUGUUAUUUUUCAACGACAACUAACGAAUCAAAAUGGGGUGGGGGUAUAUCAAAUAGACCAUUGGGUGGAUUAAAGGUAUUGGAUUUAGCAAGAGUUUUAGCAGGACCAUGGACUACCCAACUGCUUGGUGAUUUGGGCGCAGAUGUUAUUAAAGUUGAAAGCAUCGAAAAAGGUGACGAUACAAGAUCCUGGGGUCCACCAUUCAGGGUCGAUUCAGAAGGUAAUAAAAGCAGUGCUUAUUUUAGUUGUACCAAUAGAAAUAAAAGAUCAAUAGCGGUAGAUAUUAGCACUGAAAAAGGUCAAGAGAUAAUUAAAAGUUUAGCAGCCGAGGCAGAUGUUAUGAUAGAAAAUUUUAAAGUUGGUGGUUUAAAAAAAUAUAAAUUAGACUAUAAGUCAAUUUCAGAAUUAAACCCAUCUAUUGUGUACUGCUCCAUAACUGGUUUCGGUCAAAGUGGACCAUAUGCAAGUUUUCCUGGUUACGAUUUCUCUAUUCAAGCUAUGGGUGGUCUUAUGGGAAUUACAGGUGAUGAAAAUAAUCCAUACAAGUGUGGUGUUGCUAUUGUGGAUGUUAUGACUGGUUUAUAUGCAAAUGUUGCAAUUCAGGCCGCACUCCACAAUCGUUAUAAAACUGGUAAGGGCCAAUAUAUAGAUAUAAGUUUACUUGAUGUUCAAUCAGCAUUUUUGGCAAACCAUGAAGCAAAUUAUCUAUUAACAGGUCAAAACUCUAAAAGAAUUGGCAAUUCACAUCCAAGUAUUUCACCUUAUGAUUCAUUAAAAACCAAAGACGGCUUUAUAGUGGUUGCAGUAGGUAAUAACUCUCAAUUCACCUCAAUGUGUAAAGUUUUAAAUCUAAAUGAUUUACCAAAUGACCCACUAUUUAAUACAAAUCCAAAUAGAGUUGCAAAUAGAGCCCAAUUAUUAGAUAUAUUAACCAAAGAAACAUUAAAAUAUGAAACCGAAGAGUUGGAUCAAUUAUUUUCAAACUCAAAUGUACCAUCAUCCCCAAUUAAUACAUUAGAUAAAGUGUAUAACCAUAAACAAAUUAAACACCGUAAUAUGGUUUGGAGUUUAUAUCAAACCGAUACAAUUAAUAUGAUUGGUAACCCAAUUCACUUUAGCGAAACCGAUUUACAUUCAAAACAAAGUAUUAAAGAAAACUUACCACCUCCACAAUUAGGUGAACAUACCGAUCAAGUUUUAAAAAAUGUUCUAUCACUAUCCGAAAAUGAAUUAAAAGAAUUAAGAGAUAAUAAAAUUAUACAAUAA